AUGACGGUGACCAAAUGGACGACACUGACUCGACAGUGCCUGCUCAGGCGUAUGUCAGUGUCCGAGUUCGGCGAUCUGGUACGCAGCUCCGGCGAGAUUGAUGGAAAAAAACUGUUCAGCGCAUUGGUCGAGUGUCGCGCUUCGUUCUGUGUCGCCGGCGAUCCUCUCAUUUCGUUGUAUCUCGACCAUGUAGGAAGCUCAGGCCUCCUCAGUAUAUCCGAUGCGCUUCUCGUUCUCAUCAGCAAGUGGAACGCAGCCGGAACGCCUUGGUCUCAGACUCCGCCGGAAUGCUACGGCCAGACUCUCCAGGAUCUGACCAUGCUUGUUGUCUCGCCGAAGUACAAGAUGACCGCAUCAGAAGCCCGCAUCGCUUUGUUGAUCUCCUCAAGAUGGCUUUCAUCGGUGGUUCGGGCCUUGCCCCACGAACUGGCCGAUUCGUCAAGCACCGGCUACACUCAUGUCAUCGAGGCUCUUGGGUUUCUUGUUGCAUCGAUUGCGGCGACCGAUGGCGGGCUUGAAGCUCUGUCGCCCGCCGACAGUCAAAAGGCAGACGCCCAGGCUGGCCCAGGCCCCGGCCCCGGCCCUGAACCGCGGGAAUCCCUGAGGCAUGCCUUCGAAUCAUGCUUGCCUUUAUACUCCACGCUUUCUGCCCAGCUUAUGGAGCGGUUAAACACCGUGCUCAAACACAUCAGCCUCCUUGAUAGUGGCAAUCCCCAAGAAGGGACCAUGUCUGCCCAAUCGUCUGCCAUGCAAGCUUUGCAGUUCCAGGUCUCCAUCCCGGAGUCUCAGAUGGUGGCUUCAAAAGCAGCCACCAUCAUGUAUCUCGAAUCAUUGCUCUUGACAGGUGCGACGGUCGAUGACUCCACCGCCGUCAACUUCAUAUGUUCUCGCCACCAGAAUGACUAUCACUCGGCGUUUACAGAUCUUUUACGUGCGUCGUUUCACAUCCUCAAAACCCAGGCUCUGCACCCGCCGCGCCGCCUCUGCUAUCAACAAUGCCAGCUCUUUGUGCAAAAUAAACUACCCAUACUGCUUUCGAUGAUAUCGGCUUCCUCCUUCAACAGCUUCCACACCGAGCAAGCCAUUACUGAGACAUGGGCCCAAGUAGCGCCAUUGCUCUCUGACCAAGUUUUGGCCAUGACUGGAUCCCGCUUUCUGCAUACGUGUAGCCUGCACCAUUUGAUGACGGUGCAGGCGGCAACCCAGCUAAUGGGAAGCGAUGAUCUGCCGAACAGCUUGAGCAGAGGGUUGUACGCAAAAGAUGACCUGGUGAGCCAAGUUCGCACCAGCCACAUGAAAGGCCCAAAACUGGUGGACGAGCUUGUGCGCGGUGACGGAAGUGCCCCGUUCAUCAGCCAGAGUUUGGUCGAGAUUAUGCAUAGCUAUUGCCACAGCAAGGAGACGCAGUAUCUCAAAGAACUUGCGAAUAUGAUUCUGCGGAAGCCUGCUGCUAUCAACUGCAUUGCCUUGUUCAUCCGCCCGGCUUAUUGGCUUGGUCCCCUCUGUACCCUGUUGGAUGACUGGCGCUGGGAUGAAAUCCACGGGGAGGCUCAACCGGUCUAUGACGAAUUCGGGGCCGUCUUCCUUCUGGUCUUGGUCACCAAAACUCGGUUGGGACUGUCCAAUUCGGAUAUUGGGGUCCGCAAGAAGGAUGGAUUCCUGGCGCAGUAUCUUGAUCAGGAGAAUCCAGAGGAGAGCCUGGAUGGUCUCUCUGAGGAGAAAAAAACCCAUCUUGGGAACUGGAUCAAUGCCCUUUACCUCGCCGAAGGUCUCAGUGACGAACUUUUCACCAGUUGCUCACCUCACGACUUCUACCUGUUGAUACCCGCCCUUCUCCAGCAAUCGGUGGCAGCCCACCACCAAGGAAAGCUCACCCAGGAAUCCCUGAAGGCUGGUUUGGACUAUCUCCUCGAACCCUUUCUACUGCCUUCGCUGAUUCCGGCAUUGAACUGCAUUGGCAGUCUACUCCGGGAAAAUCCAACAUCAGCUGGAAUCGUGCUCGAAGCCUUGGUCAAGUCGCCCGAGAGCGCCGACUCUCAAGCGAUUCACCAAACCAUUCUGGCAACGUGCGCACCUCAGCUCGAGACCAAUAUUCGAGCCUUCCAGCCUGGCAAUUUUGACUCGGUGCUCAAACUCUUAGAACAAUGUCCUGAGUCCUCAUUCUCUUCCGCUGAGCAUCAAGAGGUGCAGCUGCAGGACGGCCAACUCUUGCACGGUUUGCAGUCCCAUCUGGUCGCCCUGAUCGCAUCCCACGGCGUCCUCGAUGUCGAGAAGCAGGCAUCGAGCCCCAAUGUACCUGCCAUGGUACGCCGGGCGGUUGAGGUCCAAGGCGUGGAGGCCGCUUUACGGGCCCUGGUUGGUGUCUUACUGCAGCUGAGUGACAGCCCCGACUUUCUUUUCUCCCUGGAUGCUGUUGCCACUCUUGUGACGAUGACUGGCAAUGAGCUUCGCGACAUACUCCGUGUGCAGUACGGCACUCUCGGGACACUCUUGAAGAAGGGCGAGACGCUCUCGGCGGAAGCAGUGGUGCGCCUUCACCGGCUGGUGGAGGCCUACACCAACCUCCUGGCGGUGCACGACAUGGGACUGGACUCAUUUUCUUUUGCUCAACAGCUGACGAAUAUCGACACGACCAAUCCCAAUCUGGACGGAAAUGCCACCGCUUCAAGAGGCAUAGAUCUGCAAACCGAAACAACGCAGACGGAUGGUAUCGACCAGGUGUUGGAUGAGGUUGCUGCAAUGAGCAACAUGGACUCGAACGACGCUGAUAUGAAUUUCGAUGCGCUUUAUGGUUUGCAAAGCGCUGACAUGGAUCUGAAUGAUCUAGACUUGGAUAUGUUCUAG